AUGAAUUUUUUCUAGGGUAAUCAGUUAUCUCCCUUUAUAAAUCAAAAAGUAGUUAAAAAGCCUACAGUCCUUAUGUAGACAAAUCAAUUGAAGAAGAGUCAUAUUGAUGCAAAGCCAAUAAGAUUCUUAUAAUGGGAUGAUGAUGCAAAAUAAAUCAAAUUAUGUCUGGACCUUAAGAAAUAUAACUCACUGUUUAGGACUGGACCUGCUUCUUUCAUUGUUUAUAUCGCUACACGUUCUGAAAUAAAUUAAAUAUCUAAGUUGAAUUUGGAUAAAAGCCUGCCUCUUAUAGAUACAACAUUGCAAAAAGGCAUCUACAUUUGGAAUCAUGUUAUAUACAACGAACACAAGAACAUCUAAUUAUAUCAGCUAUUGUGCAUAUUAAGUGAACAGUUUAACGAAAAAUAGUUGGGGAGACAAGGCCUGAACAUGAUUGAAAACAGUAGUGUAUUCAUUAAUGCAGAUACAGUGCUAAUGACAGUGGCCUCUAUUUUGGCUAGUGAAAUAGUGUUUCUUAUAAACAAUAAUGAUGAUGAGAUAUUAGAAAAUUUUCAAUAAAUCAUCAAUAAUGAUUAACAACCCUAUUAUAAAUUACAAGUCCUUAAUUUUGUUGAAAGUUAGGGCACCAGCAUUGACCAAUUUAAAUGGUAUUAAGUGUAUGACAAUAUUAAAAUAACACUCAUUGAAGAAAAUCAUUAUGUAAUUGCUUCAAACACAUCCUUGAAUGAUAAUCCAGCUGACACUAUAAAUAAUUGGGCCUUAGAACUUGAGAUGUCAUUAGAGAAGAAGACUUAUCAGUGUUAUGAAAUCGAUUUUUUAACCUUUUUUUCUAUUGCAGAGAUAAUCACCAAAAGUUCGAUAUCAGAGUUAGAGAAAAACAAUGUGAAAGAAAAUAUUUUCUUUAAAGCCAUUCAAAAAUAAAUUAAAUAUGAAAAAGACUAUAUUGAAAGCAUUUAUUGUAAAGAAGUAAGGGAGUUUUGUUCAAUCUCAGAAGAAGUCACAGUAGAUUCUUUAACCUACAAAUUGAAUUAAAUGAGAGAGUAAGCCAUGUCUUUGUAUUUUAUUCAAUUGGGGUAAUUUUAUGAUAAUCCAGAAUUUGAAAAAUGCUUACAAGUCAUUUAAUAGAGGAUUGAUUAAUUGGAAUUAGAAUGCAUCAGAUACAAUUUUGAAUUGAUGGAUAUUGAAUUAAGCAAAUAAUUUGACAAAAUCGAAAAAAAAUAUAAGGACAACUUUCCUGAUUCUUAUGCUUAGUUUUUGAAUGAGAUUCUGAAGUUUAGAGAAUUUAGAGGGUUAAAAUACCAAAAUUUCAAAUCCCACUUGUAAAGCAACUAUAAAUCCAAAUUGUACUCCUAUGUCACAGAGUUUGAUAAGGAAUAGAAAUUACUCUAUGACAAACGUAUGCAAACUUAGAAUGAAAAGCAAUACUAAUUCCUGAAGAAGAGAGACAAGGAGGUAAUGAGAGGACUUGAAAUUCUCUAAAAUUAUACUGAUUUAAUGAGGGAUGAAAUUGGAACUCUCAAGGGUCUUUUAGAUUUCAAUAAUCAAAUAAAUGUAGUUGUAAAACACAAACAAGAAAUUAGAAAGUUGGAUGAUGAAAUUAGAUAAUUAUAGUUAUAAGCCGAUAAAAUUUAGAUAAAAAAAAGCAAUCGUGAAUUUUGA